CAUUUUUAACUUUCUUUUUGAGCUGAAGGACGGAAGAGCCACGUUUGAUUCUCUUUCAAUCAUUUCUUGCAUUUUUCCAGUAUGGCCAUGUUUGCCAGCUUUAUUAUCUGUACGUUAUUUGUUACAUUCGUAUCUGGAGAAGAUGUUUUAACCUUGACAAAUAGCAACUUUGAUGCACAUGCCCUGGAUUCAAAGAAAAAUGUUUUGGUAGAAUUCUAUGCACCCUGGUGUGGACACUGCAAAAACCUGGCACCAACAUAUGAAAAAGUUGCUACAGCAUUUAAAAGUGAACCCAAUUGUGUCAUUGCAAAAGUUGAUGCUGAUACAGAAAAGGAUCUAGGCACAAGAUUUGGAAUCAGUGGUUUUCCAACAAUUAAGUUUUUUGGAAAAGAUAACAAGGAACCUGAAGAAUAUUCUGGUGGAAGAAGUGAACAAGAUUUUAUUGACUUUAUGAAUGACAAAUGUGGAACAAACCGAGUGUCUGGAGGAGGGGUUAACGAUGCAGCUGGUAGAAUUGAUGCAUUUGAUGAGGCUGCUGCAAAAUUCAUUACUUCUCCUGAUGAGCGAGACAAUAUCCUUGCUGAUGUUGCAUCAACUGUUGCUGGCGAAAGUGAUCCAGAUCAUAAGAAAUCUGGCGAAUAUUACAUCAAGGUAAUGAAGAAGAUUCAAGAGAAAGGAGACGUGCAUGUUACCAAUGAAUUGGAACGUUUGACACGCAUACUUGGCGGAGAAAUGACUGCUGAAAAACGUGACAACGCAUUUAAAAGAAAGAAUAUUCUUGGCCAGUUUGCUAAAUCCUUGAAGAAGGACGAAUUAUAAUUUUCUCGUCACAAUUUUAAAGAAGAAUUAAAGUGGAUUUACCUUUGAUGACGUCAUCAGGACAUUUUAUUUAUUUUGUUUUGUUACUGUUUUUACACGAACUCAGUGUUAGUAAUUUUUCAAAUUGUCCUUCUGAUGUAUUGUCAGAAUUGUUAUUUCAACAAGAUAUACAAUUUAGUAUAUAA